CAAGUGAAAACCGAGAAUAUUUAUUCCAACAAACAAAUCGACCAUAAAUACCCAACCAAACUCGAAAUAACAAAGAAUAAGUAUUCUUUAGUAGCCGAACUAACAAAAUUGAUAUAAUCCUUUGAUGAAUCGGUGCAAGAAUCUCUAUAAAUGUCCACAUCCUCCACAACACCACAACACAACACAACACAACAACACAAGCCCUUCUCCGGCGCCAUGGCCGAGCCUCCGCUGCCGGACUUCUCCCAGUCGGUGAAGCUGAAAUACGUGAAACUAGGGUACCAAUACCUGGUGAACAACUUCGUGGUGUUCCUCCUCCUCCCCGUGAUUGUGGCCCUAAGCUUGGAAGUCCUCCGCAGCAGCCCUCAAGACCUAAUCCAGCUAUGGAACUCCAUGCAUUUCACCUCUCUCCACAUCAUCUGCUCCUUCUUCCUCAUCAUCUACACCGUCACCUUCUUCCUGGUGUCGCGCCCCCGCCCCAUCUACCUGGUCGACUACGCCCUCUUCAAGCCGCCGCGCAGCUUCCGCGUCUCCUUCGGCGGCUUCAUGGAGCACGCCAGGAUCGUCCUCGCCGACGAGCCCAAGAGCGUCCACUUCCAGAUGAAGAUCCUCCAACGCUCCGGCCUCGGAGAGGAGACAUGCAUACCGCCGGCGAUGCAUUUCAUCCCCCCGCGCCCCACCAUGCAGCUCGCUCGAGAGGAGGCCGAGCUCGUCAUCUUCUCCGCCAUGGACUCCCUCUUCCACAAGACUGGCCUCAAGCCCAAAGACGUCGACAUUUUGGUGCUCAACUGCAGUCUCUUCUCUCCCACGCCGUCCCUCACCGCCAUGGUCAUCAACAAGUACAAGAUGAGGAGCAACAUCAAGAGCUUCAACCUCUCCGGGAUGGGCUGCAGCGCCGGUUUGAUCUCCGUCGAUCUCGCCAAAGAUCUCCUCCAACGCUACCCCAACUCCAACGCCGUCGUCAUCAGCACCGAGAUCCUCACCCCCAACAGCUACCUUGGCAAGGAGAGAGCCAUGCUCCUCCCCAACUGCUUGUUCAGAAUGGGCGGCGCCGCCAUCCUCUUGUCCAACCGCCGCGCCGACCGCCGCCGCGCCAAGUACCGCCUGGCGCACGUGGUCAGAACUCAUAAAGGCGGCGACGACCGCGCCUACGGAUGCGUAGCGCAGGAGGAGGAUCCCGAAGGCCACAUCGGAAUCAAGCUCAACAUCGACCUCAUGACCAUCGCCGGAGAAGCUCUCAAAUCCAACAUCACCACCAUAGGACCUCUCGUUCUCCCCGCAUCGGAGCAGCUGCUCUUCGCAUUCUCUCUCAUCGGAAGGAAAUUCUUCAACUCGAAAUCCAAGCCGUACAUUCCCGAUUUCAAGCAAGCGUUCGAACACUUCUGCAUCCACGCCGGCGGAAGGGCGGUGAUCGACGAGCUGCAGAAGAGCCUCCGCCUCACCCACGAGCAAGUGGAGGCGUCGAGGAUGACGCUGCAUAGGUUUGGGAACACUUCGUCUUCAUCGUUGUGGUACGAACUGAGCUACAUUGAAUCCAAAGGGAGGAUGAAGAAAGGGGACAGGGUGUGGCAGAUCGCAUUUGGGAGUGGAUUUAAGUGCAACAGCGCCGUCUGGAAGUGCAACCGGACCAUCAAGUCGCCGGUCGACGGGCCCUGGGCUGAUUGCAUUGAUAAAUAUCCCGUUCACAUUCCAGAAGUGAUCAAGCUUUAGUUAAGAUUCUUAUGUUUUCAUUAAUUAAGAAAUUAAUUAUAUUUUGUACUACUCGAGAAAAUAAUUUGUCUCCUUGUGCUGAUUAGCUAGUCUGGUUAUUCAAUUUGUUUUUCGGUUUAUUGAUGUACUAUCAUUUUCCCAAUUACAUGGUACUAAGAUUUUAAUUA